GCGAGCCGCUCGUCGGGCGGGGCGCUGUUCGAGGGGCUCGGCCCGGGCGGCGGCUACCCGCACGGGGGCGACGGCUCUGGCGAGAGCCCCGUGGCGUCGGCCGCGCGGCGCAUGGGCGUCGACGGAGCGUGGCAGGUCCGCGUCGCCGCCUGCGCCGCCCUCGCUGCCGUCACGGACCCAGGCGCGGCCGCGCUCCUCUUCGGCGCGCGUGCGCGAGUCCCGUCCGA